ACCGCUGGUACGGGGCAGACGAAGGGUCCUCGUUCACUGGCUCAUAGAUUCCUAAGGCUCGUAGUCGUUGAACAAAGCCCGCGUCAAGUUGACAUACCUCGGCUACCGCGACGGAUGUGCAAAGGUUUGGGAAUUCGGAGUUUCUCCGAUUCGAAGUUUCGAAGUCGCACUUGAAUCAAUUUGUUUGAAAAAACUAGUGGCUAUCCGUGGAACUGAGCCACGAAUCGGUAGAAUUGGAAUUUCGAGGGAGACGAAAACAACGAUUAUGGAAAACUCGUUGUUCAACUUCGAAAAUUUGACUGCUUCGAUGAUUUCGACAUACGAGAAUCAAACGAGUUGGAAAAGUAGCCCGAGGGAUGUGGAAAAUAUCGUGACCUCGGACGAAUCGGUGCGAUGCGAUCGAUACUCCGAUCGCAUGAGACUCUCUUAUCUCUAUGGCACACCACCCUUAAUUGUUUUUUGCAUCAUUUCCGUUGUUAUAAAUAUCAAGACUUUAAUGAGCGCUGGAUGGAUAAGACGACCGUUGAGCCCAACUUUGCACAUCAGUUUAAGCCUCGCUGGAGCUGACGCAUUUUCCAGCACAGCACUAGCCAUUGGUCUUCUCAUGAACAGCUUCAUUCCUAAAGGACUUUGUCUCAGAUUGUCAGAUGUGGGGUGUUUUCUAUUGAGCCUCGAAGCAAUUCGUUUGGGCGGUGUUAUGAUUACGGUUGGUCAUCUCGUUGCCCUCGGGGUCAAUCACUACCUCGGAAUCGUCAAGCCUCUUCAGUACCUCACUAUCAUGACGCACAGGAUUACGAGUUUUCUCAUAAUCCUUCUGUGGAUUUUGCCACUUUUAUUUUUCUUCACCUACUUCAGCGUCAUCGAGGAUGAAGGAUUUCAGUCGUUGGACUGUGGGACGCACACGUUUCUAUUCAAAAGAAAGUUUCGAAUGAUGUUCAGCAGCUUAUUUUUCGCUCCGUUUUUACUGAUGGUCUGCAUAUACUUUCACAUAUUUUGUAUCGUGAGAAAGCAUCAAGCCUCGAGAUUACGAUUCCGGCGAGCUGGCUCCUCGUUCCGUAGGAACGAUGGAGACAAAACUGAGCGAGAGGAGCACAGUGCUUCGCAACAAAUGGCGCGAAACGUUAAAGCCAUCAAUACCACGCUCUUUAUCCUCGGUAGUUUCGUUAUUGGCUGGAUGCCAGCAACUUUCCUCUACAUUUUCGUGUGCGAGGAUUGUCCAUUGAAAUUCGACUGGAUCGAUGACGAGGCCAAAUUUUUCAUCAACAUUGUCUCCAAUUGUCUCAUAAUUCUCAAAACUUUGAUAAAUCCCAUUAUUUAUGCAGCGAGAAUGCACGAAAUUCAGAUCGCAACAAAACGGAUGCACAGUUCCCUGUGCUGCUUUCGUGCAACGACGAACAACUCUGAAGAAAGAAACCGUACGCACAGCAGCGAAGGAGCGUUCAUUCACAGAUUUUCUUUUUCACGAAGAACUAUCAGGAGAAUCAAUGGAAAUAAUGAGAACAAAAAACGUGAAGAAAUUUACAAAUAUACGUACCAGGGAAUCAAAGGAUUUUCACGACCAAAUACUUUCGUUUGAGACUUAAAAAUAUUGUUCUCGCUUAUGAGUCUCGUAAAUCAGUGCUGUAUAUAAAUGCUUCGAUGUUUAUACAUAUAAAUAUUUAUAUAAAUAAAUGAAUUA